CCGUCGAAGCAGCGGCUUUUCCGUAGCUUGGACAGCUCUAUUCCGACGACAAUUAUCCGUUCCCUGUCGAUUCCGGUGGACAUCGGGUUUUGUGUGUACGUAAAGGUAGUCUGUGUAACCGUGCCACUAUGAAGUACUUGCUACUUCUAGUACUGGGUGUGUUCCUGAUUUCAGGAAUUCACCACGUACGUGCGGAAGCCGAUGAUGACGAUGACACACUGCCAAGGGUGGACAAUGAUCUCGGCGCAUCAAAGGAAGGUUCGCGAACUGAUGCGGAGGCGGUCAAGCGUGAAGAGGAAGCUAUCAAACUGGACGGUCUCAACGUGGCCCAGAUGAAGGAACUGCGGGAAAAGUCGGAAAAGUUUACCUUCCAGGCGGAGGUGAACCGCAUGAUGAAGCUCAUCAUUAACUCGCUGUACCGCAAUAAGGAAAUUUUCCUCCGCGAGUUGAUUUCGAACGCAUCGGACGCACUGGACAAGAUUCGUCUGCUGUCGCUAACAGAUCCUUCCGUGCUGGACAGUAAUCGGAAUCUGGAGGUAAAGAUCAAGGCGGACAAGGAGGGCAAGGUGCUGCACAUCAUCGACACCGGUAUCGGCAUGACGAAGCAAGAUCUCGUGAACAAUUUGGGUACGAUCGCUAAAUCCGGCACGGCCGAUUUCCUGUCAAAGAUGCAGGAGAAGGACAAGGCUGACGGACAGGACGUGAACGAUAUGAUCGGCCAGUUCGGUGUCGGUUUCUACUCGGCAUUCCUCGUAGCCGAUCGGGUCGUAGUGACGACGAAGCACAACGACGACAAACAGUACAUUUGGGAGUCGGAUGCUGCCAGCUUUAGCAUUGUGGAGGAUCCGCGUGGUAACACCCUGGAACGUGGUUCGCAGGUCUCGCUGCAUCUGAAGGAGGAAGCCCUCGACUUCCUGGAGGACGAUACGGUCAAGCAGCUGAUCAAGAAGUACUCGCAGUUCAUCAACUUCCCGAUCUACAUGUGGACGAGCAAGGAAGUGGAAGAGGAGGUGGCCGUCGAGGAGGAAACCACCGAAAAACCGGUGGACAAGAACGAGGACAGCACGGACGAGGAGGAGGACGUGAAGGUCGAGGAGGAAGAGACGACCGACAGUGACAAACCGAAGACGAAGAAGGUGAAGAAAACAGUCUGGAACUGGGAGAUCAUGAACGACAGCAAACCGAUCUGGACGCGCAAGGUCAGCGAAGUGACGGAUGAAGAGUACACCGAGUUCUACAAGAGCCUCACCAAGGACACGUCGGAACCGCUGACCCAAACGCACUUCAUCGCGGAAGGAGAGGUAACGUUCAAGUCGCUGUUGUUCGUGCCGAAGGUACAACCGUCGGAAAGCUUCAACAAGUACGGCACGAAGGCGGACAACAUCAAACUGUACGUGCGCCGAGUGUUCAUUACGGAUGAGUUCAACGACAUGAUGCCGAACUAUCUAAACUUCAUCCGUGGUGUGGUCGAUUCCGACGAUCUGCCGCUGAACGUGUCGCGUGAAACACUCCAGCAGCACAAACUGAUCAAGGUGAUCAAGAAGAAGCUCGUCCGCAAGGCGCUCGAUAUGAUCAAGAAGAUCGACAAGGAGCAGUACGACAAGUUCUGGCAGGAGUACUCCACCAACAUUAAGCUGGGCAUCAUGGAGGAUCCGAGCAAUCGGUCGCGAUUGGCCAAGCUGCUCCGGUUCCAGUCGUCCUCGACGAAGAACAAGGAAUUCACAGGCCUGUCGGACUAUGUGGCACGCAUGAAGCCCAAGCAGGACAACAUCUACUUCAUUGCCGGUCCGAACCGUGCCGAGAUUGAAAAGUCCCCGUUCGUCGAGCGUUUGCUGUCGCGCGGCUAUGAGGUUCUCUUCCUGGUGGAGGCAGUCGAUGAGUACAGCAUUUCUGCACUGCCCGAGUUUGACGGCAAACGGUUCCAGAACGUUGCCAAGGAGGGCUUCACGUUGAACGAAUCCGAAGAGACGAAGGCACGCUUCGAGGAGUUGAAGACGGAGUACGAGCCACUGCUGAAAUGGUUGAACGAUGUCGCGUUGAAGGACAAGAUUGCUAAAGCCCAGCUGUCCGAACGGCUGGCCAACUCGCCGUGUGCCCUGGUCGCCUCGAUGUUUGGCUGGACGGGCAACAUGGAACGAUUGGCACUGGCCAAUGCGCACCAGAAAACGGACGAUCCGCAGCGCCACUACUAUCUGAAUCAGAAGAAGACGCUCGAAAUCAACCCGCGCCAUCCGCUGAUGCGUGAGCUGCUGCGCCGAGUAGAGGUAGACACGGACGAUCUUGUGGCGAAGGAUAUGGCGGUGCUGAUGUUCAACACGGCUACGUUGCGAUCGGGCUUCCAGCUGCCGGAAACGGCCGACUUUGCCGACAGCAUCGAGCGCAUGAUGCGCCAAACGUUGGGUGUAUCGCUGGACGAACAACCCGAGCAGGAAGUGUUCGUAGACGAACCGGCAGAGGACGAGGCGGGUGGUGCGGACGAGGAAGAAGAAUCCAUCGAUGCCGAUGGGGAGCAUGACGAGCUGUAAUAAGCUGUAACAAGCCGAAGGACAACCGACACGUGGAUGAUGUGGCCGCAUCAUUGUAUGACUGAAGAAAAGUUAAUGUGUGUACGUGUGUAUUCUAUUGUAUGUAAGUGAUACAGAUGAAUGUAUGUGCGUGUGUGUGUGUGUGAAUUGUAUCGUAAGGAUCAUAGUAUAGCGCGCGCAGGGUGAAAAUUGAGGACUGAUGAGCUGCUGCUUCCGAUUCCGAGUGGGAGAAUCUGAAGACGGUUCAACACAACCGAAUGAUCAACGGGAACAGCAACACAGAGCAGGCAGUACAUGGUGAAGAAGACUAACCGGAAGGACAAAUUUUAUUGUCCUAAACCAUUGUAACCUGCCCUGCGUAGCUCGAAGAAAAAACAAAAACACUGCUAAAGUCGAAAACACUCCUUACUAUAUUGUUUAAGAGUUAGGAAUUUCCCUCCAUGUAUGUUUUUUUUUUCGUUUUCGUAUUUUCGUUAAUCGUGAUUGUGUUCAAGUGCAAUUUAUUAUAUUUUUUGCAGCAUUCGUAUGAAUGCCAUUCAGGAAUAUAUAUAUGUACAUGAACAGAACAAAGACUAUUAAAAGAUAUUUCCUGUUUUCUUUGAAUUAACAACAAAAACAACAGCUAGAAACGAAAAUAAUUUUAUGAAACAACAAAUGAAAAGUGGAAAAUAGCAAAGAAGCGAAAUAAAACCAUCAUCAAACUUUAA